GAAAAAAGUUUGGACAAAAACUUUCACACUUCACUCCCCUCUUCUCUCUCUUCUGCAACUUGUUUUUGCGUCAAAAUCUCCCGCGAAAGGUAGAGUUUCAGUAGAUCUGGGAGAGUUAAAGAGUAGAUCCGUUGAAAACCGUAACCCUUAAAAACCCUCUUUUGAGAAAUGGAAGAGGCAUUAGAAAUGGCGAGAUCAAAGGAUACUAAAGAGAGAAUGGCUGGAGUUGAAAGAGUUCAUUCAUUAUUAGAAGCAUCUAGAAAAAGCAUGACAUCAAUGGAAAUUACUAGUUUGGUUGAUUGUUGUUUAGAUCUUUUGAAAGAUAAUAAUUUUAGGGUUUCACAAGGUGCUUUACAAGCAUUUGCUUUUGCUGCUGUAUUGUCUGGUGAACAUUUGAAAUUACAUUUUAAUUCACUAGUUCCUGCUGUUGUUGAGAGAUUAGGUGAUGCUAAACAACCUGUAAGGGAUGCUGCUCGUAGUCUUCUACUUACUCUCAUGGAGGUAUCAUCUCCGACAAUCAUUGUUGAAAGAGCUGGUUCUUAUGCCUGGACACACAAAAGCUGGAGAGUUAGGGAAGAAUUUGCACGGGCUGUCACAUCAGCUAUUGGGCUUUUUGCAUCUACUGAGCUUCCCCUUCAACGAGUUAUACUUCCUCCGAUCUUGCAGAUGUUAAAUGACUCGAAUCAGGCUGUAAGAGAAGCAGCUGUAUCAUGUAUUGAGGAGAUGUAUACACAAGUUGGGCCUCAGUUUCGCGAAGAAUUGCAGCGUUAUAAUCUUCCAACAUUUAUGGUUAAGGAUAUUAAUGCCAGGUUAGAGAAAAUUGAACCAAAGACUCGCAGCUCAGAUGGACAUGUAGCACAAAUGAAAUCUGCGAAUGUUAACCAGAAAAGGAGCAGUCCUAAGGCUAAGAAUUUAACUCGUGAAAUUUCUCUUGCUGGAGGAGAAAGUGAUGUGGUGGAAAAGCCUGUAGAUCCUAUAAAAGUGUACUCCGAGAAGGAGCUAAUUAGGGAAUUUGAUAAGAUUGGGUCUAUUCUUGUUCCGGAGAAAGACUGGUCUGUCCGAAUAGCUGCCAUGCAAAGAGUGGAAGGCCUUAUCUUUGGAGGUGCUACUGAUUAUCCAUGUUUCCCUGCACUUUUGAAGCAGCUUGUUCCACCCCUUAGCACACAACUGUCUGAUCGGCGCUCAAGUAUAGUAAAGCAGGCCUGUCAUCUCUUGAGCUUGUUAUCUAAGGAGCUUCUCGGGGAUUUUGAGGCUUGUGCUGAAAUGUUCAUUCCAGUUCUAUUUAAGCUCGUAGUAAUAACUGUACUCGUGAUUGCUGAGUCUGCAGAUAACUGCAUAAAAACGAUGUUGCGCAACUGUAAAAUUGCACGUGUACUUCCCCGUGUAGCUGACUGUGCGAAGAAUGAUCGCAGUGCUAUACUCCGUGCCAGGUGUUGCGAAUACGCUCUUCUGAUUUUGGAGUACUGGGCUGAUGAGCCUGAGAUACAAAGAGCGGCUGAUCUUUAUGAAGAUCUUAUUAAAUGUUGUGUGGGGGAUGCAAUGAGUGAGGUACGGUCUACUGCAAGAACUUGCUAUCGCAUGUUCACAAAAACCUGGCCAGAACGUUCUCGACGUCUAUUUUCCUCUUUUGAUCCUGUGAUUCAAAGGAUAAUAAAUGACGAGGAUGGGGGUGUGCACAGACGAUAUGCUUCUCCAUCACUGCGGGAAAGGGGCGUGCCGGCAUUGCGCACUCCAUCUCAAGCACCUGCUUCUACUGGAUAUGGAACAUCUGCAAUUGUCGCAAUGGAUAGAUCUGCAAGCGUGAACUCCAGUACAUCUGUUUCUUCUGGUUUGCUUCUAUCACAAGCAAAAUCACUUGGAAAAGGUACUGAACGGAGCCUUGAAAGUGUUCUCCAUGCAAGUAAACAAAAGGUUACUGCUAUUGAGAGCAUGCUGAGAGGUCUUGAAAUGUCUGACAAACACAAUUCUUCUACUAUGCGUUCAACAAGCUUGGAUCUAGGAGUUGACCCUCCAUCAGCUCGUGACCCACCAUUUCCAGCCUCUGUUUCUGCUUCAAACCAUUUGACAAAUUCCGUGUUUGCGGAUUCAACUGUUUCUAAUAUAUCUAGAGGUAGUAGUCGAAAUGGUGGUUCUAUGGUGUCAGAUUUCAUCAAUCCUCAGAGUCAUUGUUCCAAAGAUCCACGUACAUAUUCAUAUCUCAGUAAUGCUGGAAGUGAGACUUUAUCAGCUUUAUCGUUGUCGUAUACAGCAAAAAGAGGUUCUGAAAGGCAGCAAGAAGUAAGUUCCUUCGAAGACAAUACAAAUAACAGGGCAAGCAGGCGAUAUGUGGCAUCACACAUGGACAAGACAUACCUUGACACACCCUAUAAAGAUGGUAACUUUAGGGAUUCUCAUAAUAGUUACGUUCCCAAUUUCCAGCGGCCACUUUUGAGGAAACCUGUCACUGCACGGGUUUCUGCAAGCAGCAGAAACAGUUUUGAUGAUAGUCAGCUAGCACAUAAUGACAUGGGAAACUAUGUGGAUGGUCCAGCAUCUCUAAACGAUGCUUUGACUGAGGGCCUAAGUCCAACUUCCGAUUGGUCUGUUAGAGUUGCUGCUUUCAAUUUUCUAAGGACUUUGCUGCAACAAGGACCAAGGGGUACUCAAGAAGUCACACAGAGUUUUGAGAAGGUCAUGAAACUGUUCUUUCACCACUUGGAUGACCCUCACCAUAAAGUUGCACAAGCAGCCCUUUCAACAUUAGCAGAGAUCAUUCCAGCUUGCAGAAGGCCUUUCGAAAGCUAUAUGGAGAGGAUCUUACCGCAUGUCUUCUCACGGUUAAUUGAUCCGAAGGAGUUAGUACGCCAACCGUGCACCACAACUUUGGAAAUUGUGAGCAAAGCUUAUGGAGUGGAUUCUCUUUUACCUGCAUUGCUUCGUUCGUUGGAUGAGCAGAGGUCACCAAAAGCUAAAUUAGCUGUUAUCGAGUUUGCUAUCAAAUCUUUCAAUAAGCAUGCAGUGAAUUCUGAAUCUGGGAAUAGUGGUAUUCUAAAACUUUGGCUGGCCAAGUUAGCACCUUUGGUACACGAUAAAAAUACAAAACUAAAGGAAGCCGCUAUUACUUGCAUUAUAUCAGUAUUUACCCAUUUUGAUUCCACAUCAGUCCUCAACUUUAUUCUCAGUUUAUCAGUUGAGGAACAAAAUUCCAUCAGACGAGCACUGAAGCAGUACAGCCCGCGUAUAGAGGUUGACCUUAUGAAUUUUGUACAAAGCAAGAAAGAGAGACAGCGUUCCAAAUCUUUCUAUGACCAGUCAGAUAUUGUUGGAACUUCUUCCGAAGAGGGAUACACUGUAGUUUCAAAGAAAAGUAACUUUUUUGGAAGAUAUUCUGCAGGUUCCGUUGAUAGCGAUGGUGUCAGGAAAUGGAAUUCCCUGCAGGAGUCAUCCCAAAACACAGUCUCUGCUGGUCAAGCUCCUUCUGAUGAAACUCAUGAGAACAUCUAUCGCAGUUUCGAGGCUGGUUCCAAAAACGGUGUUCCUAUUUCUGCAAGCAAGGAUCUGAUGUACAAUGCCAGUACCUCAGCUGAAAACAGAACAUCCUGGACAACGCAGCCUGAAACUGUAGAUCAUAGCGUGUGUUUGGAGAGUUCUUUGUCAACUCCACGUGUAGAUAUAAACAGGUACAUGGCCUCCGAUCUUGGAGGGAUGACUGAAUUGAAGCCUGCGAAUGAAAGUUCUCCCGAAGCAGUCUCUAGUCUUGAGAAGCUUUCACCUGUUAAAGUCAGCUCUUCACCUGAAUCUGGCCCUAGUAUUCCUCAGAUUCUUCAUCAGGUGUCUAAUGGAAAUGAUGGGGAUGCAAGCAUAACGAAACGCGGGGCACUUCAGCAGUUGGUUGAAGUUUCUCUGGUCAAUGAGGGCUCCAUUUGGACGAAGUACUUCAAUCAGAUCUUAACUGUUGUACUUGAGGUGCUUGACGAUUCUGAUUCAUCGAUUAGGGAACUUGCUCUUUCUGUUAUUGUUGAAAUGCUUAAUAAUCAGAAAGAAUCCAUGGAAGAUUCAGUUGAGAUUGUAAUUGAAAAACUGCUUCAUGUUACCAAGGAUACCGUUGCAAAGGUUUCAAGUGAAGCAGAGCAGUGUUUAACUUUAGUUUUGUCUCAGUAUGAUCCAUUCAGAUGCCUAACUGUUAUUGUGCCCUUAUUAGUCAGUGAAGAUGAUAAGACUCUUGUUACUUGCAUUAACUGUCUGACCAAGCUUGUGGGCCGGCUUUCGCAAGAAGAAUUAAUGACGCAGUUGCCCUCAUUUCUUCCUGCCCUUUUUGAUGCAUUUGGGAAUCAGAGUGCUGAUGUCCGCAAGACUGUCGUUUUCUGUUUGGUGGACAUCUAUAUUAUGCUUGGAAAAUCUUUCUUGCCGUACUUGGAAGGGCUUAAUAGUACGCAAUUGAGAUUGGUGACCAUCUAUGCUAACCGAAUUUCUCAGGCCAGAUCAGGCACCAGGAUAGAUGUAAAUCACGGUUAGAUGGUCCUUGUUAUAGUUACAAUGGCGGAGAAAUAGUAUCUAUUGGGGUUUGUUUGUUUGUUUGUUUGUUUAUUGGGGUUGGAGUGUUAUUAUUCAUUCAUGUAUUUUUAUGUAUAUUGUGUGAAUUGUUGUCAAUUUAAUUGGGUUUGUUUUGGGUGUUUCUUGAGCUUGGUUUUGUUCUGGGUGCUUUCUGCGGUUUCUAGUGAAACAAAAAAUUAAUGAAGUAUAUUGACAGAA